AAAAACUGUGCGAAAUCCAGCUACAGAUGGGUAGACCUCUGCUGAAGCCAAUCCAAGAAGUGGAUACAAGGUGGAAUAGCACCUAUGCCAUGCUGCAGAGGAUCCAUGACCUGCGAGAGCCUUUGGGAGCAACUUUGGCUAAUCUAACUAAUGACAUCACUCCCUUUUCAGCAGAAGAAUACGAGUCCAUCCAGCAGUGUCUGCUGGUUCUGAAGCCAUUCCACCUGGCCACUGUCGAACUGUCUGAAGAACAACGAGUGUCUGGCUCCAAAGUCAUUCCGAUGGUGAAGAUGUUAAGACAUCGUACUGGCAGACUGUGUACAACAAUGGCAAACCCGUUGGCGCAGAAACUGGCCAGUAAUGUGCAAAGCACUCUAAAUGACAAGUUUGCCAUUGUUGAAAAAAUGACUGCUCUCAGUGUGGCAACACUUGUGGACCCGAGGUACAAGGAGAUGGGGUUCUGCAGUGCAAACUCGUCUCAGGCUGCAGUGGAGAGACUCACCAGGGAAUGUGCCAACAUCAUUCCACCACCACCACCAUCACCACCACCACCCUCCUCACAGGAGUCUUCAGAGCAGGAGGACAAUCUCUGGGGCCUGCUUGACAGCCACGUUGGCACACAACGUGGUUCCAACGCAACAGCCAGUGCCAUUGCCGAGGUCCAGAGGUAUUUGAAAGACCCACAUUUGCCUAGGUCAGAGGACCCUCUUAAAUACUGGGAAAGGCACCACCUUGUCUUUCCACAUGUCUCUCAAAUAGCCAUGCGCUAUCUGUGCACUCCAGCAUCCUCAGUGCCAUGUGAGAGGGUCUUCUCCAAGGCUGGGGAAAUAGUCAGCAGCCGACGAAACCGCCUCAAACCCAGCACCGUCGAACACAUUUUGUUUCUCAAUAAAAAUCUGGAAAGGAAAACAAGUACACAAUAAGCAUUCCCCAAACUGUCAUUCACAAUCCCCGUUACUGCACAAGCACCUUCCCCAAACCUCCUUUGUACACAAGCACUUACACACAAACGACCUCUUGUAUUUCACAUAGACCUGUAUCACAAGCACCUUCCCCAAACCCCUUUAUGCUUUCUGAAUUGUAGCAACCCUGUAUAUAGCCUAUGCCUCUGCUGCAACUGCAUUCUAUAUUUGGUUGCUGCUCAAAACGUGUUGCCACGUGUCUAGGUUACUCAGCAAUAAUUGUAGUUAAACAACUUUGUUGCAAGAAUUAUUACGGAAUAAACUAGACACGUGUUUGUCAUACAGCUAUAAUAAGCAUGAUAUACCUGCUCCAUAUGUAACGGUAGUGGGAAUCAUACCUCAGGCAUCAGCGUUGCCUUUCCUCCAA